GGCCGCCAUUGUACAAGCCUACAUAGGUGGUCUUGGUGAAAGCGAUGGACAUAUCGUCCGAGUAUAUAUCCAUAGGUGGAAAUAGAAAUCCUGCAGCUGCGGCUUGGGACGUCGAGGGUGGGAGCUUUCUGGCCUUCGGUGCCGACAAUGCCAUUGCACUGUGGGAUCCCUUGGAAGAAAGCCUUCGUGGCGUGAGAUUACUGUUAAAUGGCCAUAAGAAAUCGGUAAACGCAGUUACAUUCUUUCCCACUGGGUCUAAAGACACGUCCAUCAUCCUCAGCGGCUCCGCAGACCACACCCUCCGGAUAUGGCGUGGCCAGAUGGAACCAGUCCUUUCAUUCGACCUUGUAAAGACCAUUACCGAGCACCAGGGUCCCAUCACCCGGAUUGCCACUCUACCAGGCUGCGACAUCUUUGUCACAGGAGCCUCGGACGGCACCGUCAAGAUCUGGAAGCUCCUGCACGACGCCUCCUUCUCAGAACUAGAUGUCCAACUUCUCCAAACCAUCACAUUAACCCCCAAGUACUUCCCCCUAGCCGUAGCACUCACCUCCCUGGACGCCUCUACCCUCCUCCUCGCCGUAGCCGGCACAAGAAGCAUCAUUCAAAUCUUCACCUCGUCGUCCACCUUUCAGGACACCAGUCCGGACAUCAACUUCGCUCUCUGCGCCACCCUAACCGGCCACGAAGGCUGGAUCCGCGCUCUAGAUUUUGUGCGUGAAUCCACCUCCCAGGACAGCGACCUUCUGCUCGCCUCCGCCAGCCAGGACAAAUAUAUCCGGCUGUGGCGCGUCCACAAGGGUGCAGAACUGCCCGCUGCGAGCAGCGCCUUGAACGAUCCCGCGUUAGGCGUGCUGGGGAGGUCGUCGCUGUCGAACAAGGCGCACAGGUUUGAGACGGUUGCCGGGGACAAGUACAGUAUUACUUUUGAGGCGCUGUUGUUGGGGCAUGAAGAUUGGAUUUAUACGGCCAGUUGGCGGAGGCAUGCGAGUGGGAAGUUGCAGCUGCUGUCGACGAGUGAGGAUAACUCGCUGGCCAUCUGGGAGGCGGAUCCCGACUCCGGGGUGUGGGUGUGUAUCACGCGGUUGGGGGAGAUUAGUGCGCAGAAGGGGUCGACGACGGCGACGGGGAGUGCGGGUGGCUUCUGGAUCGGCCUCUGGGCACCUGAUGGGAGGAGUGUAGUGUCUCUCGGCAGAACGGGGAGUUGGCGGAAGUGGACCUUUUCUGCGGAGAAGGACAUGUGGGAGCAGCAGGUGGCGAUUACGGGACAUGUGAGGGAGGUGAGGGGAGUGUGUUGGUCAAGAGAUGGGUCAUAUCUGCUGUCAACAGGCUCGGAUCAGACGACGAGACUGUUCGCCGAGUGGAAACAUGACGCACAUUCGUCGUGGCAUGAAUUCUCACGGCCACAGAUCCACGGUUACGACCUCAACUGCAUCGACUCCAUCACGGAUUCGCAGUUCAUAUCAGGAGCGGACGAGAAAUUACUCCGCGUAUUCGACGAGCCAAAGGCUGUGGCUAUGCUUCUCCAGAACCUUUGCGGCAUCCAGCGUUCAACGACCACCGAAGAACUUCCCGACGCCGCCAACAUCCCUGUUCUUGGUCUCUCCAACAAGGCCAUUCAAGCCGUAGACGACAACGCUGACAAUCAAGCCGAUGGCACCAAUGCCGAAGACGAAGGAGAAGAUGCUACAACCCCCGACCCCUCCGCCACUAUUCGCAAAUCCACCCUCGCCCUCUCCCACCCACCGCUUGAAGAUCAUCUCGCGCGGCAUCUCCUCUGGCCUGAGACUGAGAAGUUGUACGGCCAUGGCUACGAGAUUUCCGCCGUCGCGACCUCGCCUGACGGUACACUCAUCGCAACGGCCUGUCGCGCCAGUUCCAUCGAUCACGCUGUUAUCCGUCUUUAUAAUACGAAAGAGUGGCUGGAGGUGAAGCCGGCGUUGAAGGCGCACUCUCUUACUGUUACCGGGCUGCAAUUCUCGCCGGAUGGGAGCUAUCUGUUGAGCGUGGGGAGGGACAGGCAGUGGGUUGUUUGGGAGAGAAAUCAGGACGGGGCGUUUGUGUUGAAGUUCAGUAACCCCAAGGGACAUAGCCGGAUGAUAUUGGGGUGUUCGUGGGCUUCCUCAAGCCAAGGAUCGGGACUAAAGUUUCCAACAUUCCUGACAGCAGGGAGGGAUAAGACCGUCAAGAUCUGGCAGAUUGCAGAAGAUGGAGAGGUCAAACUCCGGGCGACCGUAACGGCAAAGGCAGCAGUUACCGCUGUGCAGUGUAAUGUUUUCGCUCCCUCCGGAGGGUUGGUAUUUGCCUACGGUACCGAUGACGGAGAGAUCGGCAUUGGAAGGGCGGAUGCUGAGAAGGUGGAGGACUUGCAGGUCACUCUUGUUGAUGCGAAGAUCAGCCCUGCGAGGACAGUUAAUCAGUUGGCGUGGAGGCCGAAGAGGCAGGAAAAGAACGAGAGCGGAACUUGUGAGCUCGCUGUUGCAAGCGAUGAUUCGUCGGUGAGGAUAUAUACGGUCUCAGAGUCAUAGAGCGUAGUCGGGACGCAAAGUCGCAGUAGACGACUUUCGACUUUCGACAUGAUUAUAAGACGACUCUUCCUGACUUUACAUCCAGAUAUGCAGAAGGCUA